UUUAAAACCAUCCUUUUUCUUUCUUUUCCAUUGUAACCUCUUUGUCUCUACAUCGUUUCAGCUUUCUCCCAAGAAAUCUGCAAAGGUAAUUACAUCAUGGCAAUUGUAGGGGGAAGUGCUGAGCUUAAUACAGGAGCCCGGAUUCCAUUAAUUGGGCUGGGAACUGCAUCAAUGAACACCAACGAGGAGGAUAUUAAAGCAGCCGUGAUUGCUGCUCUUCAGGUUGGUUAUAGACAUUUUGACACAGCAAGGGCCUACGGAUCAGAGCAUGCACUAGGCAAAGCUCUGAAUUCAGCUUUUCAGAGUGGGCUUGUCAGCAGAGAAGAUGUUUUUGUCACCACUAAACUGCAGAAUACAGAACAUGACGACCCUGUUGCUACAAUCAAGGAUAGUUUAAUGAAUUUGCAACUAGAGUAUGUGGAUCUAUUCCUUAUCCACUGGCCUAUCAAGCUGAGAACAGAGAUUCCAUUUAGCCCACUCAAAGAAGAGGACUUUUUGCCAUUAGACAUAAAGUCUACUUGGCAGGGAAUGGAGCAGUGCAUGGAGAUGGGGCUUACCAAAGCCAUUGGGGUUAGUAACUUUUCCUCUAAGAAAAUCGAAGACUUGCUGAAACAUGCCAAGAUUCCCCCUGCUGUUGAUCAGGUGGAGAUGCAUCCAAAUUGGCAGCAAAAGAAGUUGAGAGAUUAUUGCAGCAAGCAUAACAUUCAUGUGAGUGCAUGGUCUCCUCUAGGAGCUCCAAAUACUCCAUGGGGUUCUAAUGCGGUGAUGGAUAAUCCCCUUUUUCAAGAAAUAGCCCAAAAGUAUGGAAAGACUAGAGCUCAGGUUAUGUUAAGGUGGGCGAUAGAUCAAGGAGUGAGUCCAGUGCCUAAGAGCUACAACGCAGCCAGAAUAGCUGAAAAUUUUCAAGUCUUUGAUUGGUCUUUGACUCCCGAUGAUCAUGAGAAGAUUAGCAAGCUUGAACAGAAAAAGAUACAGUCUGGGGAGCAAUAUGUUAAUAGUACAACCAGCCCAUACAAGACUGUCGAAGAAUUAUGGGAUGGGGAGAUUUAACAGAGUCAUGCCCCUUGGUUUAAGCCCACCACAAAUAAUUGUCACUUAGAAGUUGAUAUUUUAUAUAUUUGUUUACUUAAUCGCCUGUGAGUAUUACUGUAGUUGAUAUUUUAUAGAUUUAUUUACUUAAUCGCCUGAGAGUGUUACUGUUAGCUUUCAGGGAUUUAUAAUGAAGGCAUUAGCUUGACUGGGUACAUCAAAGUUUUCAAUGGGUGCAAAUUUUUGUAAGGUUAACUCAGAAUGAUACAAUCUCUGUUUCUGGUUCUCAAGAAAGCAGCAGUCCAAGACGAGGUUUAAAAUAAAUUGUGGCAAGGUUUCAUGGUGGUCUAUAUAUGACUAUUUUCUAUUAAAAAUAUCAAUAAAUAUUCAAUAAGUUAGUUUUUUAUGUUCAUAA